AUGGACAUUUUCCAGAGUGGUGAAGCGAGCCAUCCCGCAGAAUUCUCACUCAAUCCGGUACCACCUGAGCAAGAUAGCGAACAAGAUCUGCGCACUCAACUUGACCAGUUACUCUCCCAAAAGGAUGCACAAUUGGCAAAUACAGGUAGAUUAGGUGAAAAUUUAUUACAACAGCGGCAAGAAUUAGCCGCUUUAAUUCAAUCUGUAGAUAAUGGCGAUGAGAAAGUCGAAGAACUCAAGGCGACGAUGAACAGAUUGGAAGGCUUGAAUCAUGAUAUAAGUUCACCUGGCAAUAUUUCAGAUUCUACUAUUAUGCCUACCUUGAAUUCUACAUCCUCAUUCGCACUCAGCACUGCUGCCAACUCACCCCAGCCGUUUGCAGUCCCUAGCGCGCCUGCACAAAAGAAUCAAUCGAAUAGAAGAUCCAGGAAUGCUGCUCAUAGAUCAGAUGAUGUUGAAUUUGCAGCUGAAAUUGGUCAACAUUUACUCAUUGAAGUUAGACGUUUACAGUCUUUGGUUGCGGAACGUGAUGAUACCAUCAAAAAGUUACAAAUCGAUAAUGAGAACAAUCGUGCUAAUCAAGAUGACACUCUUCUUCGUAUGAGUACACUUGAACAAGCUGUUGAUAGAUUUAAGGAAGAUAAUUGGAACCUUGAAAUGCAAAAUCAAGAUUUACAAGCGUCCAACACUCAACAUCAAGAUCAACUUACUAGGUUAGAAGCUGAGCGUAACAAGCUAACUAAGACAUUGUCAAUUACUAAAGAUUCUCUUGAUGAACGUCGCCAAGAUACAGAGAAGUUAAAUCAGUCACUCGAUCAACUGAAACAGAAAUAUGAGACAGAAACAGCAUUAGCGAGAAAGGAUCGCGCUACGGCUGGCCGUGAAAAGAGUGACUUGACAAGUGCAUUAGAGAAUUCCAAGAAAGAAAUUGAGAGACUUGAAAAAGAGAACAAAGCGAAGAAUAAAUUUAGAAAUCAAUCUAGUGAUGCUAACAUUACUGGUACCUUCAAUGAUGGUGAUAUCAGUCGUAAGAAUCUUCUUGAAGGUGACUUCGAUCCAGAUCGCAGUGACUUUGGUCAUCCUGGAGAGUACCACCCAACUCAAGGUUUACUUGAUGAAAUGUUCGAGGAGGGUGAUAUGACAACGAGACGUAGAACAACUGGUAACUUCCACUUACCGAUGUUAGACUCACCAAGAUCUGUUCGUGUUAAUACCAAUGAAGGUAACAUGACUCCAGGCGGUGCACGUACAGCAUCAGCAUUAGCUUCAGAGAAUGAAACUUUACGUGUUGCAAAUAGUAACAAAGAGAGAGUCAUCACAGGUCUUCAAAGACAACUCCGUAAUGAGAAGUCACAAAUCGUCGAAUUCAAACGUAAACUUGCUUUAUCGCAAAGAGGAACAGAUGAAGGUGUCGAAGAAAGUUCUGAGGAUGAGAUUAUCGAAGAGGUAGUCAGUGAGAGUAGCCCAUCUAAACUUCCAAGUAGAUUAAGAGGAAGAAAACCACGUAGCUCCAAGCUCCGUAAGACUGUUUCUAUUGAAAACAGCGAUGUUAGCGAGUUCGAUGAUACCAGUCAAUCAUCCAUUCAACCACCAGAAUUUGAAGCACCUGGCUCACCAGAUCAAAAAGAUGAUGGCCUUGAUCCAUUAUUUGCUUCACAUUCACCGGUUAAAAAACCAGUACAAAAGCAAGACACCAGUUCCUCCGACGAAGAACAGGAAGAGAUUAAUACGUCUAUGUCGUCAAUUGGUAGAAGACGUGGUAGGGCUGUCAAAGGUAAACUCUCAAGCUCAGGCUUACGCGAAUCUUUCACCGCCUCAUCUCUCCCAACUUCACGCAAGGCUAGUUUGGCUGAUACUUCCGAAUUAGGUGGUAUCCACGAAAACACUAUAGAGAAAGUAGUUGAAAAAGAGGUUCCAACUGAAAAGAUUGUCGAAAAGGAAGUUGAAAAGAUCGUCGAAAAAGAGGUACCAGUUGAGAAGGUAGUCGAGAAAGAAGUCCCCGUUGAAAAGAUUGUCGAAAAAGAAGUUCCAGUUGAAAAGAUCGUCGAGAAAGAAGUCCCAGUUGAGAAGAUCGUUGAAAAGAUUAUUGAAGUACCUGUCGAAAAAGUUGUCGAGAAGAUCGUAGAGGUACCCGUAGAGAAGAUUGUGGAAGUACCAGUUGAGAGGAUAGUAGAAAAGAUCGUCGAAGUUCCAAUCGAAAAAAUCGUUGAGGUACCUGUCGAAAAGAUUAAGGAAGUACCGGUGGAGAAGAUAGUAGAGAUACCAGUUGAUAAAAUUAUCGAAAUACCCAAGGAGAUUGAGGUUGAGAAGAUUGUCGAGCGCGUUGUAGAGAAGCCGAUUGAAGUUGUUGUUGAAAAGCAACUCAAGCCAGAUGAACGUGUUGUUGAGAAGGAAGUACCUGUCGAGAAGAUCGUUGAGAAGAUUGUUGAAAAGAAGGUCGAAGUGCCUGUCGAAAUACCUGUUGAGAAAAUUGUUGAGAAAGUUGUCGAGAAGAGAAUUGAAGUACCAAUCGAAAUACCAGUCGAGAAAAUUGUCGAAAAGAUCGUCGAAAAGAAAGUCGAAGUUCCUGUUGAGCGCAUCAAGUAUGUUCCUACAGCUCAUCCAAAAACUACAUCAGUUGGUUCUCAAACCCUCAACGAGCAAUCCAACUUGGGUGUUCAAACUGAUGAUGCCACGAAUGACAAUACUCCUCGUGUCAAGACAGUACACGUAUACCAUGAACAAGAGAAGUUAACCUCACCAACAAGCAAAGCCAAAAAGGUUCUUCCAACGUCAGAACAAGCGUCAGAACACAAUGUUGAACAUGUCAGCACAGUCUUGUCAGAUAAACACAACACUAUAUCAAGAAGAGAAUCCAAGGAUAUGCCAAGAAGAGCUUCCGCAAGUUCAGCCAAGGGUGGCCACAUCGACAUUAUCUCACGUACAAAUUCAACAGGAAUACCAUAUGGCGGUAUGCCACCACCUAGACCAACCUCACCACCGCCACCAGAGUUUAUUCAGAGAGCUACUAACAGAGGCUCUCAAACCAUUUCUACUGGCUCUAAGAAUAGACCUACGUUGAAAAAGCAUAUGUCAACAAUUUCAUUCCAGAGUGCUGCUGGCAGUCAACACAAUAGUAGGGCAGGUACACCACUUUCAUCUUUCGGUAGCUCUUACAGGUCAGCUACACCUGGUACUGCAUCUACACACUCUCGCACUCAAAUGAAAAAGAAACACGAAUCGUUCGGAACAGUCUCAAACAUCGAGCGUCGCUCUUACAGUUUGAGUUCAUCCUCUGCUCAAUUUAGUGAGCCAAGAAGUACCAGUGAGAAUGUUGAAGAGGAUGAUGAAAGCGACGAAGACAGCGUCAGUGUACCAGACAGUCAUGUAGUGACAAACACUCAGCCGGACCCAAUAAUACAAGCAAUUACACAAACUAUGAUUGGUGAAUUCCUCUUUAAAUAUACUCGUAAAUCACUUGGAAAAGGUAAUUCGGCAAAGCGUCACAGAAGAUAUUUCUGGCUUCAUCCAUACAACAAAUCUCUCUUCUGGAGUGAAGACGAACAAGGCGCUCAUGGCGUAUUUGAAAGUAGCUCAAAGAGUGUCUAUAUCGAACGCGUGGAGAGUAUAGAUGAUCCAAACCCAUCACCACCUGGUUUGCAUCACGAAAGUAUACUCGUCUACACUGCUCAAGAUCGUGAAAUUAAGCUUACUGCAUCUAACCGUGAAAGACACGAAUUAUGGUUGAAUGCACUUUCAUAUCUCCUUCAGCGUAAUUCGAUGAACCCUAUACCAUAUGCAACCUCACAAUCAAGCUCACGUCCAUCAUUCAGUACCGUUGCAGAGAUGGAUUUUGGUACGAAACCACGCAGUUCAGUUGGAAGCAGCAUAGGUAGGGGUGGUAACAAUGGUUAUGCCGAUUGGUCAUUCUCAACAGCAAGAUCUAAGACAAGGUCGGCUUUGUCAAAUAUUGGUAUGGGAAUGGGAACUACGCCACGGGCUAAGAAGUAUUUCUCAAGCUAUAGCUCAUCAACCGGCAAGAGAGCUGGUACCCCUGCAUCUGAAUACCUUAGAGCUAAUAACGCCAGCUUAAUGGAUAGUCCUUCCAGACCGAAAUCAAACGCAACUCAACGCUACAAUGAUGAAAACUACCGCGAUCUUUCGAAUGAGGAUCUAGAUGGAUUAGAUGAUCCAAGAGUCUGUUGCGGUGGGAGACAUACUGUAGCUGGCUUACAACAUGACUGGAAUCACGCAAACCAUGCUAAUCACAGAAAUUCAGCAUACAGAGCUGGGGCUGGUUCACCAUUUUCAUUGCGUUCACGCAUGUCUGGUACUAGCACCUUCAGUCGCAAACAUCGCUCACAGAACUCUAUAUCAGGUGUGUAG